AUGUCCGCCGCCAACUACGCCGUUCAGACGCAUCAGCUCGAGGCGCCCAUCGAAGAGUACUUUUUCGAAGGCGCCGAGAAGCUUCUCGAGCUCUGGUUCUGCAGCUCCAGCAACACCAAAGGAUCGUUGCGUCAAAUCCCGCGCGUGGAGAUCGACGCGAUGCUCGACGUGGCGAGAUGCAAAAUUCUGCACUCGAAGCACAACGAGGCGAUCGAUUCGUACGUGCUCAGCGAGAGCUCGCUCUUCAUCUCCGACACUCGGGUCAUUCUGAAGACGUGCGGCUCGACACGCCUUCUCGCCGCGCUUCCGGUCAUCAUGCAGCUCGCCGGCACCUACGCCCAUCUCGACCAGGUCCAAUCGGUCUACUACUCGCGCAAGAACUUCCUGCGCCCCGACCUUCAGCCCACUCUUCACAAGAAUUUCGACGCCGAGGUCGAGUAUUUGGACAGCUUCUUCGAGGACGGUCACGCCUUCUGUCUCGGAUCGCUCAAACAGGAUCGCUGGUAUUUGUACACGUUCCACCGACAGGUCGAGUUCCCCUCCAACAAGGAACCCGAUCACACGUUGGAGAUUCUGAUGAGCGAUCUGGAUGAGUCGGUGCUGCACAAGUUCACCAAGGACUUCGCCGUCGACGGCAAGGACUGCUUCGAGGUUAGUGGUCGCCGGGUCCUGACUGGUAGACGGUCGGCCAAAUGGCGUUUUCAUGAAUUGAGCAGGUUUUCUUCCGAAUUUUGUGGUCAACGACGAUGAAAAAUGAUUGUUCGGCAUGAAAACACACUAAUUCUCAGAAUUUAUGACGUUUUGGCGCAUUUUUCGCGGACUUUGCUUUUUCGCCUUCGCCGCCGAUAGCCGCCUAAAAACCGCACUUCUCAUUUUGCACUUUCUUGACUGUUUUCCGACAGAAUUGGUUUUGAGAAUGAUAAAUCACGUAAAUACAAGCGUUUUGAGUGCUCGAACCGCGAAAAUUACCGAAAAGCAACUGAAAUUCACGCAGUUUUAGCCAAAAACCUUCAAACGGAAAAAUGUGAUUUGCGACUUGACCACAUUUAACGCUCUUGCGCUUAAAAAAUUCGUAAUAGCCCUAUACAAUCGGCCUAUCGAGUGGCAAAUGAGAAAUUAUCGAUUUUUCGUGGCUAAUCUGGCAAAAAACACAAAUUUUGCUGUUAAAAUUUGAAUUUCGCGCCAAUGUAUCGCUCUAUUAGGCGGGGCGCACUUGCGCGCCCAUUGUUAGCUCUGGAGACCGUGUGGUAAGAUAUUGUUCGUUUCUAGCGCGCCGGCAUCGACAAGAUCAUCCCGGCCGGUGCGGAUGUGCACGACGAACUGUUCGAUCCGUGCGGCUACAGCAUGAACGCCUACAUGAACGACACGGAUCAGUACGCGACGAUCCACGUGACGCCCGAGAAAGAGUUCUCGUUCGCCUCGUUCGAAACCAACCAGGACCUCGUCUGUCUCUACUCGCAGACGCGCAAAGUCCUUCAGUGUUUCAGGUUGUUCACGAAUUAGCGGCAGCCACCCAGAAAUCAGCGAUUUUCAGACCCGGCAAGAUUCUGAUGACCGUUUUCGCCAACGACGUUUCGGUCAAAGGCAAAGACGCGCAACAGCAGCUGUGGGACCGCGAGCUGCCCGGAUAUCGCCGCACUAACGUUCAGUUUGUGAGACUUGAGGUAAAAUUUGCGUUUUUGUGCAAAAAAAAACCCUCACAAAUUUGCAGACGGAAACGCUGGUUUACGCGCAUUUCGUGCGUAAAUCCACCCAAGAUUCGACAUCAUCGAGCGACGAGGACGACGGUGAACGCUCUGAUUGA